GUCUCCUCAUCGCCUUUCCCUCUAGGCUGUUUCUCCCCGCGCUCAGUCGGGGAGUGUCCUUCGGCGGCCGGCCCGAGCCGGGGAGGCGGGCACCGAAGGCCGAAAGGCCCCGGCCGAGCGUGAGAUUUAUUGUGUGAGGUUGACAAAAGCCAGUCAGCACACUUGAUCGUGUUUCUUCAUGUGUAAAAGUAGUGGUUAAUUACUUUUGAGGGUUCAACAUGUGCCAGAUACAUUUCUAAGUACUAGGUUUUGAUGGUCACCUGGUUUUAUUCUUGCAAUGAAGAAAGGUUCUGAACGAAAGUACUCCAAAGCAAAGGCACCACAGUCAUCUCAUUUUUCUGGGCCAUCAUCUCUUAUGUCCAAUGUGCGAUCCAGGUCACUUUCGCCUUUAAUUGGAUCUGAGACUCCACCUUUUCAUUCUGAUGGACAGUGUCCUGCAAAGGCUAAGCUUACAGAUGAAAACGCCAUGCUUCUGGAGUCCAAGCACAAUAAAGGAGCUGAUUCAUAUGUAGGAGUCCGGUAUAUUACAGAGGCCCUCAUCAAAAAACUCACUAAACAGGAUAAUUUGGCCUUGGUAAAAUCUCUGAACCUUUCACUUUCUAAAGAUGGUGGCAAGAAAUUUAGGUACAUCGAAAAUUUGGACAAGUGUGUUAAACUCGAAGUACUAAAUCUCAGCUACAAUCUAAUAGCAAAGAUUGAGAAAGUGGACAAGCUGUUACGAUUACGUGAACUCAACUUAUCAUAUAACAAAAUCAGUAAAAUUGAAGGACUAGAAAACAUGUGUAACCUGCAAAAGCUAAACCUAGCGGGGAAUGAAAUUGAGCAUAUUCCAGUGUGGUUUGCAAAGAAGUUGAAAUCUCUGCGUGUCCUCAACCUGAAAGCCAAUAAGAUAUCAUCGCUCCAGGAUGUAAGCAAGUUGAAGCCACUUCAAGAUUUGACUUCUCUAAUCCUCAUUGAAAAUCCACUUGCGAACCUUCCUCAUUACCUCCAGUUUACCAUUUUCCAUCUCCGUUCCUUGGAAAGUUUGGAAGGUCAGCCAGUAACCACUCAGGAUAGACAAGAAGCUUUCGAUAGAUUCAGUUUAGAAGAGAUAGAAAGACUGGAAAAAGAUCUGGAAAAGAAGAUGGUGGAAACAGAAGAGCUUAAGAACAAACAAACAAAGUUUCUUGAGGAAAUAAAAAAUCAAGAUAAACUGAACAAGUCAUUAAAAGAAGAGGCCAAGUUACAGAAACAGACCUGUGAGGAGCUGGAAGUUGACCUCAACACAAAAAAGGAAUUGCUAAAACAAAAAACAAUGGAAUUAACGCGAGCAUGUCAGAAGCAGUAUGAGCUGGAGCAGGAACUGGCCUUUUAUAAAAUUGAUGCUAAGUUUGAGCCACUAAAUUAUUAUCCAUCAGAGUGUCCUGAAAUUGACAAAUCCCCAGAUGAAAGCCCUUACAUUGGCAAAUCCAGAUACAAGAGAAAUAUGUUUGCCACCGAGACUUACAUUGUCAGCGAUGCCCAGGCAGUUCAGAUCACGAUGAUGCCAGAAGGAGGACAGCUUAGACAUGAGGACACUACCCUGAGAGCCCUUGUACCACCAGAUGUGCAAUUGGAAGACACAGAAAAAAAAAUAAGUGCAGCACAAAUUCUACUGUCAGAGCUACAUCAUGAAGUAGAAAUAGCAGAACAGAAAAUAUUACUGGCUACUCAAGAAUUGAAGCAACUAGAAGAAGCUAUACAACAAAAAAAGAUUUCAGAAGCAGAGAAAGACCUUCUUCUCAAGCAGUUGAGUGGUAGAAUACAACAUCUAAACAAAUUACGCCAGGAAGCUCUUGAUCUAGAAAUGAAGAAGGAAAAGCAAAGAAAAGAAAUUGCUGAAAAGCACGAGGAGAUCGACAACCUGCAGGAAGCCACAGAUUGCCUGGAUUCCAAAGACCCAAAGCAUUCUCAUAUGAAAGCCCAGAAGAGAGGUAAAGAGCAGCAGCUUGACAUUAUGAACAAGCAGUACACACAACUCGAAAGCCGCCUGGAUGAGAUACUGUCUAGAAUUGCUAAAGAGACGGAAGAUAUAAAGGACCUUGAGCAACAGCUUACUGAUGGCCAGAUAGCAGCAAACGAAGCUCUGAAGAAGGAUUUGGAAGGUGUCAUCAGUGGGCUACAAGAGUACCUGGGGACCAUCAAAGGCCAGGCAACUCAGGCCCAGAAUGAGUGCAGGAAGCUCCAGGAUGAGAAGGAGACAUUGCUGCAGAGACUGACACAAGUCAGGCAGGAGAGGGAUGAGCUUGAAAUUGUCGCCAUGGAUUCAGAAAGCAUGAGGAAGGAGCUUGCAGAGCUAGAAAGCGCCCUCCAGGAACAGCAUAAGGUGAAUGCAGCCCUGCAGCAAGCCCAGGGAGAUCUCAGCGCCUAUGAAGCUGAGCUGGAGACUCAGCUAAAACUGAAAGAUGCUGAAACCAGCCAGCUCAAGCAAGAGUUGGAAAAACUCACAAGGCUUACUCAGCGAGAGCAAUCAGUGCUGGAGAAGGAACUGGAGAAGGAAAGACAGUCUCUCAGGGAUGCUCUGGGCAAAGCCCAGUUCUCAGAAGAGAAGCAACAAGAGAACAAUGAGCUCCGUACACAGCUUAAGCAACUGCAGGAUGACAAUAACCUAUUAAAGCAGCAGCUGAAAGAUUUCCAGAGUCACCUCAACCAUGUGGUUGAUGGGCUGAUUCAUCCAGAAGAAGUAGCAGCUCGUGUGGAUGAGCUAAGGAGAAGGUUGAAACUAGGAGCUGAGGAAAUGAGAAUCCAUAGUCCUUCAGAUGUCUUAGGGAAAAGUCUUGCUGAUCUACAGAAACAAUUGAGUGAAAUCCUUGCACGAUCCCAGUGGGAAAAAGAGGAAGCACAAGUUAGAGAGAGGAAACUCCAGGAGGAAAUGGCUCUCCAGCAAGAGAGACUGGCAAACGGACAAGAGGAGUUCAGGCAGGCCUGUGAAAGAGCACUUGAGGCCAGAAUUAAGUGUGAUAAAAGACAGCAUAAUGCAAGAAUCCAGCAAUUAGAAAAUGAAAUUCACUAUUUGCAAGAGAACCUAAAAAGUAUGGAAGAAAUCCAAGGCCUUACAGACCUCCAGCUUCAGGAAGCAGAUGAAGAGAAGGAAAGAAUUCUGGCCCAACUCCAGGAGUUAGAAAAAAAGAAGAAGCGUGAAGAUGCCAAAUCUCAGGAGCAGUUUCUUGGUUUAGAUAAAGAACUGAAGAAUCUGAAGAAAGCUGUGGCUGCUUCUGAUAAACUCGCUGCAGCUGAGCUCACCAUUGCCAAAGACCAGCUCAAGUCCUUGCAUGGAACUGUUCUGAGAAUUAACCAGGAGCGAGCAGAGGAGAUGCAGGAGGCAGAGAAGUUCAGCAGAAAGGCCACACAAGCAGCCAGAGACCUGAGCCGAGCUGAGGCCGAGAUCGCGCUCCUGCAGCACCUUCUCAGGGAGAGAGAGGAGCAGUUCCAGAUUGAGAUGGAGAAUGCAGAUGUAGGCUCUAAAGGAGCAAACUCACAGCUGCUAGAGAUCAAGGCGCUGAACGAGGCCAUGGCGAAGCAAAAGGCCGAGAUCACAAGGCUCCGGGAUGUGCUAAGCCUCACAGGCAUCGAUAAAAAGGGAGGCAUUGAAAAUGUUUUAGAGGAAAUUGCUGAGCUCCGGCAUGAAGUAUCUGCUCAGAAUGAGUACAUCAGCAGCAUGGCAGAUCCUCUCAAAAGACAAGGCUGUUGGUACUUUAUACCACCACCACCACCAUCAAAAGUUUCCAGCCAUAGUUCUCAGGCCACCAAGGACUCCGGUUUGGGUCUAAAGUAUACAGCGUCUACUCCUCUUAGAAAACAAUGGCCUGAACAGCAAGAAGAAGUGGACAGCGGUGAACCUCUGCCUACUUCAGGAUACUGGGUCUAUUCACCCAUCAGAAAUAGGCUUAAUAAAUCAUUUGCAAAUAGAGACGAUGCAGAGAGUGCAGGAGAUAGCCAAGAAGAGAGUGGACUGGAUGACCAUGAGGAACCCUUAUUUGUGCCUCCUCCUGGGUACAUAAUGUAUACUGUGCUUCCUAAUGGUUCUCCUGUGCCCCAAGGAAUGGCCCUGUAUGCACCAUCGCCUCCUUUGCCCAACAGCAGCCAGCCUCUGACUCCCGGCUCUAUGGUUUAUGGCCCACCUCCUCCUGGGGUCCCCAUCAUAUAUGGACCGCCUCCUGCCAACUUUGUUGUUCCCCUUGUCCCUGUGAGCAUGCAGCAUUGCAACAUCCCAGAGCACCGUAACCUAGAGAAUGAGGUGUCUAGACUAGAAGACACAGUGCAGCACUUAGAAUCAAAAUGUCGGGAGGAACAGCGGCUGAACGCAUCCAGGCAGCAUUCUGAGAAGGAAGUGGAGGAGCUGCAUCAGAACAUAGAUGACCUUUUCCAAGAGAAGACAGAACUAGAACACACAGUAGAAGAGCUGCACAGAACCAUCCAGAAACAUCAACAACGAAAGGACUUUACUGAUGGAAAUGUUGAGAAUUUUAUGACUGAAUUAGAAAUAGAAAAGUCCCUCAAACAUCAUGAGGAUAUCGUAGAUGAAAUUGAGUGCAUAGAGAAGACACUCCUGAAACGUCGCUCGGAGCUCAGGGAAGCUGACCAGCUUCUGGCAGAAGCCGAGAGUGAACUUGCGUGUACUAAGGAGAAGACAAAGAAUGCUGUUGAAAAGUUCACUGAUGCCAAGAGAAAUUUAUUACAAAUUGAGUCAGAUGCUAAGGCAUUAGAAAAGAGAGCCCAGGAGACCGCACUUAACCUUGUGAAAGCUGAGCAGCAACUCAGAGUACUCCAGGCUGACGCAGAGGACUUGAAGCAGCACAAAAUCAAACAAGAAGAAAUUUUGAAAGAAAUAAACAAAGUUGUAGCAGCCAAAGAUGCAGAUUUCCAGUGUCUAAGCCAGAAGAAGGAGAAACUGACGGAAGAGCUUCAGAGUCUGCAGAGAGACAUUGAGAUGGCGGAAUGCAAUGAGGAUCACCACCUGCAGGUCCUUAAAGAAUCAGAGACUCUUCUUCAGGCCAAGAGAACUGAGCUGGAAACACUGAAGAGCCAGGUGACAAGCCAGCAGCAGGAGCUUGCCGUCCUAGACACACAGCUGGGGCACAGAAGGGAGGAGCUGCUUCUACUCCAGAACAGCCUAGUCCAGGCAAAAGCUGACCUCCAGGAAGCGCUGCGGCUGGGAGAGAUGGAAGUUGCUGAGAAGUGCAGUCACAUUAGAGAAGUAAAAUCACUUCUGGAAGAACUGAGUUUUCAGAAAGGAGAGCUGAAUGUCCACAUCAACGAAAAGAAGACUCAGCUUGCACUUACAAAGCAGGAGGUGGAGAAAGAGGAAGGGAAUCUUCAGGUAGUUUUACAGCAGCUGUCGAUACAUAAGACUGAAUUAAAGAAUGUUGCAGACUUACUGCAGCUUGAAAAUAGCAAGCUACAAGGUCUGAAGCUACAGCAUGACCAAAAGGUGGCGGAGCUGGAGAAGAUUCAGGUCUACGUGCUGGAGGAGAAACUAGAGCUGGAGAGUUUGCAGAAGACAGCUCUGCAACAGAAAAGGGAAAUAGAGUGGCAGAAGCAGCUCCUGGAGAGGGACAGGCGGGAACUGGAGCGCAUGAGGGCUGAGAUCCAGGCACUGCAGGCCUGCAUUGAAUGUCUGAAUAAAGAAAAGGAAGCUCUCCAAGAACAGUAUGAGAGCUGGGAAAAGAAGGUUGCCCACGCCAGAAGAGUAUUAGCAGCUACUGAAGAAAGCAGCAAAACCGAACAGGCAAACUUAGAGAAGCUGGAACAGGGUGUCAGAAAGCUGCAGCAGGAGCUGGAGCACCUGAACCAAGACAAGCUUGCCCUGCACCACGACAUUUCCGUUGUGCAACAGCAGCUACUGGGUAAACAGGAUGCCAUAAACUCCCUACAGGAGGAACUAGAUAAUACCCAAGACCAGUUGAACCUCGCAAAACAGGACCUGCUUCAGACCACCAAGCGCCAGAAUGCCCUGCUCGAUGAGCAGGCGCAGCUGCAGAAGGACAUCAGCAAAUGGGCUGCCAGACUUGAGAGCAGCCAAAAAGAGACGGAAACAAAAGAGCAGCAACUUCAGGAGCUUCAGAAUAAGAUCAGAGAUGGCAAGCUCCAACUAGAACAGCAAGAAAUGAUGUUUCAAAAACUCCAGGAAGAGAGAGAAAGUGAGGAACAGAAGUUAGAGGCUGCUAAAGUGACACUGAGGCAGCAGCAGGAGCAACUGGAGAAGGAACUGACAGACCACAAAAUCAAACUGGACCAGCUACUUGCAGAUGUGUCAGCAGCUGAAGGACGCCUCAGGGCCCUGCAGGAAGAAGAGCGCUGCAUAGAGAGCCUGGAGAAGAUGCUGUGCCAAGCCAAACAGCAGCUUUUAGAACGGGAGCAGCAGCUGACAGAAAAGUCAAGAGAGCUGCAGGCCCUGCAGAAAGAGGCUGACGCCAUGAGGGCAGACUUCAGCUUACUGCGAAACCAGUUCUUAACAGAAAGGAAAAAGGCGGAGAAGCAGGUGGCUUGCCUGAAGGAAGCACUGAAGAACCAGCGGAGCCAGCUGGAGAAAAACCUUCUGGAACAAAAGCAGGAGAAGAGCUGCAUGCAGAAGGAAAUGGCCACCAUUGAACUGGUAGCCCAGGACAACCACGAGCGGGCCAGGCGCCUCAUGAAGGAGCUCAGCCAGAUGCAGCACGAGUACCUGGAGCUUAAGAAACAGAUGGCAAACCAAAAAGAUUUGGAGAGACGGCAAAUGGAAAUCAGUGAUGCAAUGAGGACACUUAAGUCUGAGGUUAAAGAUGAAAUCAGAACCAGUCUGAAGAAUCUUAACCAGUUUCUUCCAGAACUACCAGCAGAUCUAGCAGCUGUUUUGGAAAGAAAUGAAAACUUAGGAGAGUUGGAAAGCUUGAAAGAGAACUUCCUAUUCACCACAAGUGAGAGAAUUUUUGAAGAAAAAUCCAACUCUCCCCAAGUUCACAUCUCGGAUGAACACUGGCGUGGAGCAGCACUCCGUGAGAAACUGCGCCAUCAUGAAGAUCGACUAAAGGCUCAACUUCGGCACUGUAUGUCUAAGCAAGCAGAAGUAUUAAUCAAAGGAAAGCGGCAGACAGAGGGCACCUUACACAGUCUGAGGAGACAAGUUGAUGCUUUAGGAGAACUGGUCACUAGUACCUCUGUAGAUUCGAUGUCAUCACCAAGUCUGUCUCAUCUAGAAUCUUCCCUUGCGGUGGACUCACAACUUAGACAAAGUCAGAGCCCCUUCCAAGUUCUGCAAGGUCUAUCAGAACCAGACAGUUAUCGCCACUGAGUUUCCUACUCACAGGAAAAGCUCUAGCCGUGUAAACCUAAGAGAAAACAGCUACUCUCCUACCUCACUGACUUCCAAAUUGGAAUGUCAAUGUUAUCAAGAUCCUGUGAAUGAAGACUCUGAAAAUGCACUGUAGUUUUUUUGUACCAUUUACGUUUAUGGGGUUUCUGUAAAUCACAUGUACAUGUGGGAGUAGAUGUACCUCCAACCCAGGAUGUAAGGGGCUAUUUUGACUUUUGUCCUCCAAUCUUGGAAUAUUUUUUAUAAAGCCAGUAAAAAUUCAGCCACAGAUACUGAGUCCAUAAUUGGUAUGUCUAGUUACUAUGAAAAAGAACAUACUUUUGCCCACAGGGUUAUGUUACUUUUAGAUUCUGAUAAAAAAUCUAUUUUUAAUAUGAAAAUAAAAGGUACAGUCAACUUGG